AGGGGUGUGGAGGGAGAGGCGGGAGCGGGAGGGAGAGCGAGAGCGACCGAGGCAGGAGAAAGCUGCCUCCGGAGGUGUCCGUCGUCGCCAGCCUUUCCCGCUGCGGUGAUGCUCUCGGCGCCCUUCUUCUCCCUUCGGCCAUCCCUCCCUCGCAUCUUUUUUCUUGGGGACCAAGGAGACAGGCGGGCCGCCUUGUUUUCAUCCCCCUCCAGCCCCGCGCACACAGAGGCUGCAGGUGGAGAGUUGAAAGACUGCAGUGCAACUGCCCUGGAGACAUGGCGGACCUCUGAAUAAGCAAAAAAAGGGGGGGAAAGCCCUCUUCUUUCUCCUCCUCCUCCUCGUCCUCCCCCCCGUCCCCAGCACCAGCAAUGCCGGGUUGAGCCAGCAAGAAGCCGACCGAGGGAGAAAUGGUGCAUCAGCCUGCGAGGGUUUCUCCUGCCUCCCUCCCCGCCUCGCCUCUUCUUCGGGGUGCAUCGCAGCCUCUCCUCUGGCCUUAAGCUUGGCGGCUUCUCAGGAGCAUCCCAGGGAGGGCUGGCACCCCCCCGCCCCGGUGCCUGCAUCCCUGCAUCCCUCCCCUCCUGGCCAUCUCUCCCUUGUUUUUUUCUCUGCCAUUGCCUCCCCACCCCCACCCAGGGCUAUGGCCGCAGAAGAGGUCUUGGAGACUGUGGAUCGCUAUAAGACCGAGAUCGAGAGGCUGACCAAAGAGCUGACGGAAACCACCCACGAAAAGAUCCAGGCGGCGGAGUAUGGGCUGGUGGUCUUGGAGGAGAAGCUCACCCUCAAGCAGCAGUAUGAUGAGCUGGAGGUGGAAUAUGAUGUCCUGAAACAGGAACUGGAGCAGCUGAGAGAGGUUGAAUAUGAAGGGCUGAAGCACGAGAUAAAACGAUUUGAAGAGGAGACCGUGUUGCUUAAUAGCCAGCUAGAAGAUGCCAUUCGGUUAAAGGAGAUUGCUGAUCAUCAGUUAGAGGAAGCCUUGGAAACAUUAAAGAAUGAAAGGGAGCAAAAGAACAAUCUAAGGAAGGAACUUUCCCAGUUUAUCAAUCUCAAUGAUAGUAUGUAUAAUAACCACAUUAAUAUCUCAGUAGAUGGAUUAAAGUUUGGAGAAGAUGGAAAUGAACCCAACAACGAUGACAAAAUGAAUGGGCACAUUCAUGGACCCCACGUGAAACUGAACGGUGAUUAUCGGACUCCCACAGUUAGGAAAGGGGAAUCUUUGCAUCCAGUCUCUGAUCUCUUCAGUGAACUCAAUAUCUCCGAAAUGCAGAAACUGAAGCAGCAGCUUAUGCAAGUGGAACGUGAGAAAGCUAUUCUCCUGGCUAAUCUUCAGGAAUCCCAAACCCAGCUGGAACACACAAAGGGGGCACUCACUGAACAGCAUGAACGGGUCCACAGGCUCACUGAACACGUCAAUGCUAUGCGGGGUCUGCAGAACAAUAAAGAGCUGAAGGAGAUGGACUUUGAGAAAGGCCGAGACUCUGGAGAAGAAACACAUGAUUACGAAGUGGAUAUCAAUGGUUUAGAAAUUCUAGAGUGCAAAUACAAAGUAGCUGUUACAGAGGUGAUUGACCUGAAAGCUGAAAUAAAGUCCUUAAAAGAGAAAUACAACAAAUACGUUGAAAACUACACUGAAGAAAAGGCAAAAUAUGAGGGCAGGAUCCAGAUAUAUGACGAACAGGUGACAAACCUGGAGAAGUCAACAAAGGAAAGCCACGAGAAAAUGAUGCUGAUGGAAAAGGAGUUGCAGAGGAUUACAGGGGUGGCAAACGAGAACCAUAAUACUCUCAACACAGCCCAGGAUGAGCUGGUGACUUUUAGUGAGGAGCUGGCUCAGCUCUAUCACCAUGUAUGUCUAUGUAACAAUGAAACUCCUAAUAGGGUAAUGCUGGAUUAUUACAGGCAAAGUAGAGUCACUAGGAGUGGAAGCCUGAAGGGACCUGAUGAUCCGAGAGGGCUGCUGUCUCCACGGCUGGCCAGGAGAGGAAUGGCGUCCCCCAUGGAAGCCAGGACACCGACUGAACAUAUAUCGAAAGAGAGCUUAGAAGCCAACAAAGAGCAAAGUCCAACAAAGACACCCACCAUUUCUCCCGUCAUCACAGCCCCGCCUUCCUCCCCAGUUUCUGACACUAGUGACAUUCGCAAAGAGCCAAUGAAUAUUUACAACCUGAAUGCCAUUAUAAGGGACCAAAUCAAGCACUUGCAGAAGGCUGUGGACCGGUCGGUGCAGUUAUCCCGGCAGCGUGCUGCAGCCCGUGAACUGGCACCCAUGAUUGAUAAGGACAAGGAGGCCUUAAUGGAAGAAAUCCUGAAACUGAAAUCCCUGUUGAGUACAAAACGAGAGCAGAUAGCAACUCUCAGGGCAGUGCUGAAAGCUAACAAACAGACAGCUGAAGUGGCCCUGGCUAAUCUGAAGAAUAAGUAUGAGAACGAGAAGGCCAUGGUGACAGAGACUAUGACAAAAUUGCGCAAUGAGUUAAAAGCCUUGAAAGAAGAUGCAGCAACCUUCUCAUCCUUGAGAGCUAUGUUUGCAACCAGGUGUGAUGAAUAUGUCACACAACUGGAUGAGAUGCAGAGGCAAUUGGCUGCUGCAGAGGAUGAGAAGAAGACCCUGAACUCUUUGCUGCGGAUGGCUAUCCAGCAAAAACUCGCCCUCACGCAACGUCUGGAAGAUUUAGAGUUUGAUCACGAGCAGUCCCGGCGGAGCAAAGGCAAACUUGGAAAGAGCAAGAUCGGCAGCCCUAAAGUAAGUGAGGAGGCAUCAGCCACCGUGCCAACCAUAGACACUUUCCUCCUGCAUAGGCAGGGCCCACCAAACAUACUGGUCAGCAGUGGCACUCAGAGGAAAAGACUAUUCUCACCUUCCCCUUGUGAUCAGAGCCAUCCCAGGACUUCAGGGACCUAUCUACUGCCUUUAUUAAGAACCCCCCCUGAUCACACCUCCAAAGAAUCAUUUCUUCUGAGGGACCCCCCUUCCAUGAGAGAAUUCUUCCAUGGGCACCGUCUCAGCAAGGAAAAAAGGUUAACCGUGGCCAUCCCAGAUUGUCAGCAGCCUGCUGCCUCCAUACCGCCACACGGCUCACAACUAGCCAGGAGGCGAGACUACCCAACUGUCAGUCCUGAUGUAGCUCUUCCAGAAGAACAGCCACAUUCCAGCUCUCAGUGUGCCCCUCUCAGCUGUCUACCUAAACCUCCUCCUUAACCUUUAUCUUCAUAUGCAACCUAAGAGGCAGGGGGCAACCCCAAACAACAAACUGAAUGGAGGUCUCACAGCAAAAGUGCAGUUUGCUCCAAAGGAACCAGUAGGCAAUACUGCCUUGUUUCUGCUGCAUUGAUGAGUUCGGACGCCCAUGUACAGUCUUAGCAACUGACUGUGUGUUGAAUGAAGAGCAAAAAAGCACAGAGCCCAAACUGUUGACGAAGAGCAUUUAUGGUUCCUCUGGUUUUAUUCAGAUCCCGCAAUCAUGAUUACAGUUUGGAAGUCUGAACAUAUUCCUCUAGCCAGAUGGCUUGUACUGCUAAUGUGCUGUGAACUUAAAACUACUCCUGAAACAAAAGAAGUAUAUCGCGAAACCUUGUUUUGACAGUUCAGCCACAACAACCAGUUUGAGUUUUCCUUUCUGUGGUUAAAAGGUAUUAUGUCCUUUAAAAAAAAAGUAUUUGCACCAUUAAUUUAUGUUUAUUAAAAAUCCAGUCCAUUUUUGUGUGAGAGUUUUUAUUCUAUUAAUUUUAUUUUUUUUAAAGUGGCGCGGAAAUAAGGUACGUUGAGAAUGAUUUUUUUCAGGGUUUUUGUUUGUAAUUGAGGAAUGUUUACUUGGCCAAAGGAUAUGGCCUGGUUUCUUCUUUUGUUUUUCAAUUGCACAAAAAUGUUAAAAGUAAGUUGAAUUGGAAUGUUCAUUUAGGGGGGUUUACAGUGAAAGUUGGCUGUGCUUGAGUCCCAUUGAAAAGCAUACAAUUAAACACUUAAAUCCCACUGGUUUCAAUGGAAUUCAGGUGUGCCUAACUUUCUAUGGAUUGUGCCCACUAACUUGUACUUUUUUUAUGCACUGGUAUUGUUUACACACUUGUUUUAUAACUAAUGUGAUAUUAGCUGCUGAGUUUUGUUUUACAACUUCACUGGAAUCUGAUUAAGCCUAAGAGGGGUUUGAUAGAUCAAUAUGUUGUUAAUUGUUUUAUUCUGGUUAACUUUUUGUGUUUUGGUGUUUUGUAUGGAGUUUUUCUUUUGUGGCGGGAUGGACUUUUUCAUUUUUAUUGCAUUUCAGACAAGUGGAUGACUUGGUGCUGGGUUUUUUUUUCUGUUUGGAUUUGGACAAAAAAACCCUGAACUUGAUAUAACAUGUUGUGUUUUAUUAUAAUUGAAAUGUUUUCAAUUGCUGCUCCCAAAUUCAGUGUUACCAGGUUAAGGCCUUACCUUGGCAAAAGAAAAAAAAACUAACAGGUAUGAUAAAAUAUAAUAUUUUCAGUAGGAUCUGGUUGUGAAUUUCACUGUACAGCUAAGAUGGAUGUUUUAAGACUGAAGGUCACAGAAUGGGGUUUUUGCUCUGUUGCAUUAUUUCUUGCCAAAAAUUCCCAUCAACUAUAGAGAUCUAGCUCAUUGUCAGUUAAAUGACAGCUACUCAGGUGAAUACAGUGUAGAUUUUGUUCUCCUGCUACACAGCAUUCCUGCUGUAAGAAUCUCUCUAGUAACAGCUUUGUUGAAGAAUGAUGGGAUAUACAGAAAAACGAAGGAUAGCCACAUUUAUUUUGCACAACAGCUGGCAGCAAGUCAGAUGGCUGACUGGGUCUGGAGUCAUAAUAACUAUGUGUUCCCAGGUGGAAUGCUGUCUAUUACAGCUAAUGUAGAAGACUUCUUGUUCUCGGUCAGGUGGCCUUAAUAUAUUUAAACCAGGAAGCCAAGGGCAGAGCCGGAUCUCUUUUUGUCUUUUCCACUCAUGUAAUGUUACGAUCCAAAGGAUGAAGAUGUAACAUUGCUGGAAUUGUGCAACAGUAUGGAAAGGAACUGCUAAAAAAAGGGCAGCUAGGAUUGACUGAAUUCAUCUGAAUCUGAGGGGAAGAAAACAUCACAGUUACUUACUGAAAGGAAAGGGAUAGAGAAAGAAAUAGACCACAUCAGCCAAGGAAAUGUAGAUGGCCAGUCCUUGUGCCUAAACAACCAUUAACACAAUACCAGUAACUAAGGUGCUAAAAAUGGGAUAAUCCUAAUCAGCAAUUCAUAGAGCAGUUGAGCUUUUAAAGAUUCAGAGAGGCAAACCAGUGGAAGCAUCAAAACACCUUAAAACAACCUCAUUUGCUCUUCAGGGCAAAUAAGCAGCACUAGAACCUAAUUAAGUAGAAAUUCAUUGACUUUAAAUGAUUUGUGACAGUCAAAACCACAUGGAACACUGCUGUUACAUACAUAACAGCCCUUUGCACUCUUUUAUGUAUCUCCAUGCUGCUUGUCUUAUGGUACAGUUAACAACUGAGCACCGUCUUAUGCUCAUAUUCUUAUGUAACAAGAGAAUGUCCUUUUUAAAAAAGUUCAACACCACCCAGGGUUGCCACCUUCAGAUGAGGCCCCUUCUGUCUUGAAAUCUGUAGUUAAGCAGGUGUGUCUGGUUGAAUUUUUGAUUCCUACCGGGCUGCUAAGGAUUAAAAUGUGAACUCUAGAGGCAUCCCCACCACCACCUGGCAAACCCCUGAUAUUCUGAUUAAAUUCGCAGGGACAGAGAUAGCAUCUUCUCAGCAUAAUGUUGACAUACACUGAGAUUAACCCCUGUGGUUAUAAAUGAGUAAGAUCCAGCCUACGUUAUGAACACUGAUUUCAGAGGCAAUGUCUCUGCUUAAAUCCUGGCUAUUGAAAUAAUGAGCCUUAAAAUGGCUUAACUUUGGAUCAUUCCGAUAAGAAAACAUGAGUAGUCCCGCCCAAGAUCUACAGCUGCUUCCAUUUAUUACCAAACGUCUUCUGGAAUCAUAAAAAUAUUUCUCUGGUAGAAGUAAUACCAACAAUGCACAUUUUUAAGCUUCAGAUCUAUGCAUCCUCUCUUUGAGGUAAGUUCUGUUGAGCUCAGGGGGGCUUACUUCCAAGAAAUGUGUCAAAAAAUGUCAAUUUCUUUUAAAAACUGGAUUGUAAUUUGCAGUAGGUAGAGGAUUAUUCUUUUGAAAUUGCUACUUCCAGAGUACUGGAAAUGAUAAAUAAGUCACACAGUAGUACACGCUGAACUUUUAUUUUGUACAUUUUACGGAAGAGUUCUUAAUAAAAUUUGCUCAGCAACAUAAUAUUGCCAUGAUCCAGGGAUAGUCAAGAAUGUUAAGCAAAGAAAUGAGGUUACACAUUCCCAUUUACAUUGAGGGACAGAUGUUGUGUGCAUCUUCAUCCACGCUGAAGGGAAGUGGGGAACUGUGCUGCAGAUUUACACACACAUCCAUUUAGGGAGCUUAGGGUAGCUGAGAAUCACUCAGGACCAAGCUUUGUGCGUGGAAAGUAAACCUCUGGAUGUGUUUCUCCUUUCCCCUGUGAAGCAAAAUCCAGUGAAAGUGUGCACUCCAGAAGUUCUGCACAUGCAAUGCCCUUACCACAUACCUAAACCAGUGGCUGGACUGGGGUUACUGUGGCGUGGCUAAUUGUUGGGAACUCAAGAAGACCCCCCCAAAAGUGGGAAAAGUUUCUGAAUGCUACAAAGAAACUAAUGUUAUUCAGAAGACCCCAGUGUAGCCCUCCAACUAAUUUCAUAACCAAAAGAGGCACUUGUAUUAAUUACCAGAAAACUAAUCUUGAGGGUCAGAAUUGUUUUGAGAUAAGGCAUCAUUUUGCUAACUUAACUGUAAUGAGUGACAAAGGACUCGUACCUACUAUUGAUUCCAAUGUAAAACAGGCAUGGGCCAUAAUUUCACUAACUAUUCAGCAAUAUUAUACAACAGAGGAGAGUUGAGGGCCUGAUAAAUUCUUAAUGAAGUUACAAAUUGUCCUUUUAUGGGUUGGUUACAGUUAUCUAGUUACUGCUGUACAGCUAUUUCAUUUUAAAUAAUGUUGUUUCCUUUGAUAGAGAAAGGAAUUCUUUAUAUCAAACUUCCAGACGCUGAUGUCUCACAUUAAAAGCACAGUCAUUUCCUUGUUCAUAUGUUGCUUUACAAACAGCCAUUCGGGGUCUCUCCCACUAAACAUCUCCCACAUCCCAAAGGGGUAUUUAGUAUCAAAAAUUUUCCUCCAUUGAAAUCUUUUUGUUAAUGUUCUGCACAAAUUAAAGAAGAAAAGCAAUUAACUGCAUUUUUGCCUUACAGCAGAAAUGCAUCUAAAUAUGCAAUAUACAAAAAAAUGCAUGAUGUUAUUUCAUGUACCUUUUCCCAAAAUCCCGAUAAUGAAGCUAGAGAAUUCUUAUUUCAUGAGAUUAUUCUGUCUCCUUCACUGCCUAUUAGAAACGCAUGUCUGAUAUAACUUUCAUCAAGAGAUGCACGGCUUAAAUCCUCAUUGCAUUUUAAUCUCUCUCCUGCAGAACUCUUUGAAAAUUCCUUCUAUUAAAUCUUAAGGAAACAAAUGCACUGAUGGGACACAAAGGAGAAACCAUAUGUUGCUGGGACAGGAGGGGAUGAAGGUCUUAUGUUUCAGUUAGUAUAUUGAUUGCAAGAUGUAUGUGCUUUGCUCAUUAUUAUGUACUAAUAAAAUAGUGAUUUAAUUUUGGUUUUUUUUCAGCAUCAAAACUUGCUUUUAUUUAAACAAACUCAACUUUAUUAGGAAAAAAAUGUUUUAAAGAUUUGUCAAAAGUAUUUGGUACAAAUGUUAGCCAGCCAGUCAGGGUACGGGGAAAAAAAAGAAUAAUCUAGUUUUUAAAACGAUUCAUAGGUAUGGCUUUGUGCACCAUAUCUCUGAAUGAACUGAAGUAAACUUUACUAGUUUAGCCCUAGUACUUCAAACCCUAUGGCUUGACUGUCAAUGGGGUUGAUAAUAUUGCUCCUUUGUAAAAUACAAAAAAAGAGAAGACACUCAAAAUCAUGGCGUUUUGUGACUUUUGUAAUCUAUGAAUGUUACCCCUUGCAUGAGUAUCCUUAUCUAAUCAACCACACAGAAAGACGUAUUGUGUUAUAUUCCAAUGGUUUUGAAUACUGGUGCGGUUUGCAAUUUUUUUAAAAAAUGUAUUCUUUCCAUACGGCUAUUCUUAGACUGAAUUGAAGUUCUGUGGUAAUGCCUUUUUUUUGAGGUUGAAUGGAAUAUUUCUAGAUGGCGGAGAAUAGGGAUAGAUGUGCUCAUUGACUUAAGGUUGAAUGUUAGAAAAAAAAUUAUUCUUGUGUUGCAUCUCUGAUUUUAAGACAAGAAUAUUGGCUAAUUCUGGACUCAAAAGCAUUUGCUCUGAAAAUUCUCUAAUAAUUGCGAUAUUAAGCCCACUACCAUCCUAUUCUUUAGACAAUCUUAGGUGAGUUGCUUUGUGAGGGAAUCAUGUUCUUGUGCAUGUGUGGUAUGAUAAUGCAGAUCAAAUGGCUGGAAAGUUAAUCAGUGCAGUCUUAUGCAGAGUUUCUCUGCCUCAGCCCUUUGAUUUCAAAGGCCUUGGACUGAAGUCACUCUGCAUAGUCACUUCCAUUAUUAAGACACUCCAGAUUUGAAGAAAAGGCAAAUGUACUGAUUUUUACAUCAUUAUGUUCUAAUUAAAAUUACGGUGUAAUGCAUAACUGUCCCAAUAAAUAAACUGGCCAUCUUUUGUUCAAUGAA